CCCGCCCAGCCCCACACACUUGCUGCCCCAACCGUGAGCCGCAGCCCGGUCGCCCCCGCCUCGCCCCGCCCCGGCGCCCGUCCCCGCGGGCCGCAAGAGUGCGCGAGGCCUUAGGCCGGGACUUGUUGUCAGGCCCAGGCCACUUCCGAGGCGACCGCGGGGUGUCGCCGCCACCACAGGAGGACGACGUCGACGCGGAGGAGCAGGCGGCGGAGGCGUGUUGUUGUCUCGCCCACUCCCCUCCCCUGAACUCGCUCCCAACGUCAGGGCGCGAUGGAGUGAAGCGGCGACGAAGGUGGUACUUCCGCGUUGCGCUCCGGGAGCCGAGACCGCGGCCGAGCCCGCUCCCCCACCCCCGGGGGCACUUGGAGGACUCCGGACUCCCCCGCGGGCCAGCGCCUGGCGCAUUUGCUGUUUUUGCUGCCGAGGAUAGGACGACGAAGGCGAUCGAGAGCUCUACCCUUCGGAUUCCUGCUUCCCUCAGGCCCGGAGGCCGCUGCGUACCCCACUGUGACCUGGAGCCUAGGGACUCGAGUCCCGACCCGGAUUAUCGUGGCGCGUCUCCCUGCCUGCCCUGGUGCUCGGUGUCCCUCCGCCGCCGUUCCCGUUUCCGGAGGGGGGAGAUGGCCAAGAUCUGACCCGGGAGGAGGCCGCACCCGCGCCGCGCUCUGCGGCGGGCUCUAGGCGAUGCCGAGCAGCUCGGACACGGCGCUGGGGGGAGGCGGGGGCCUGAGCUGGGCGGAGAAGAAGUUGGAGGAACGCCGCAAGCGGAGGCGAUUCCUGUCCCCUCAGCAGCCGCCGCUGCUGUUGCCGCUCCUGCAGCCGCAGCUCCUGCAACCGCCGCCGCCCCCGCCGCCUCUGCUCUUCCUGGCUGCCCCCGGCACGGCCGCCGCCGCAGCCGCCGCCGCCGCGGCCUCCUCCUCUUGCUUCAGCCCGGGCCCCCCUCUGGAGGUCAAGCGGCUGGCGAGAGGCAAGAGGCGCGCAGGAGGGCGGCAGAAGCGGCGCCGCGGGCCCCGCGCCGGGCAGGAGGCGGAGAAGCGUCGGGUCUUCUCGCUGCCCCAGCCGCAGCAGGACGGCGGUGGCGGUGCUAGUAGCGGCGGGGGUGUGACCCCGCUGGUGGAAUAUGAGGAUGUGAGCUCCCAGUCCGAGCAGGGGCUGCUGCUGGGGGGGGCCAGCGCGGCAACGGCGGCGACGGCUGCCGGGGGAACGGGGGGCAGCGGCGGGAGUCCGGCCUCCUCCUCCGGGACCCAGCGGCGCGGGGAGGGGUCGGAGCGCAGGCCCCGCCGGGAACGCCGCAGCAGUAGCGGCCGCAGCAAGGAGCGCCAUCGCGAGCACCGGCGACGAGAUGGGCAGCGCGGCGGCAGCGAGGCCUCCAAGUCCCGCAGCCGCCACAGCCACAGUGGCGAGGAGCGGGUCGAGGCCACCAAGAGCGGCAGCAGCAGCAGCAGUGGCGGCCGCCGGAAAAGCGCCUCGGCCACGUCCAGUAGCAGCAGCAGUCGCAAGGACCGAGACUUGAAGGCCCACCGGAGCCGGACUAAGUCGUCCAAGGAGCCGCCUUCGGCCUACAAGGAACCGCCCAAGGCCUACCGGGAGGACAAGACUGAGCCCAAGGCCUACAGAAGGCGACAGCGGUCCCUGAGCCCGCUGGGUGGCCGGGACGACAGCCCGGUGUCCCACAGGGCCUCGCAGAGCUUGAGGAGCCGCAAGUCCCCCAGCCCGGCAGGAGGUGGCAGUAGCCCCUAUUCUCGGCGGCUGCCGCGCUCCCCGAGCCCCUAUAGCCGCCGCCGCUCCCCCAGCUACAGCCGCCACAGCUCCUACGAGCGGGGUGGCGACGUGUCUCCCAGUCCCUACAGCAGUAGCAGCUGGCGCCGCUCUCGCAGCCCCUACAGCCCAGUGCUCAGACGGUCUGCUAAAUCCCGAAGCAGAAGCCCAUAUUCAUCUAGGCAUUCGAGAUCUCGUAGCAGGCACAGAUUGUCUAGAUCCAGAAGUCGUCAUUCUAGCAUUUCUCCCAGCACACUAACUCUGAAGAGUAGCCUGGCAGCUGAAUUGAACAAGAAUAAAAAAGCACGAGCUGCAGAGGCAGCACGAGCUGCAGAAGCAGCUAAGGCUGCAGAGGCAGCUAAGGCUGCUGAGGCAGCUGCCAAAGGCAAAGCCUCAAACACUUCUACACCUACCAAGGGGAACACAGAAACUGGUGCCAGUGCAUCACAAACAAACCAUGUGAAGGAUGUGAAGAAACUUAAAAUUGAGCAUGCACCUUCUCCUUCAAGUGGUGGAACUUUAAAAAAUGACAAGGCAAAAACAAAGCCACCUCUUCAGGUAACAAAGGUAGACAAUAACUUGAUUGUAGAUAAAGCCACCAAGAAAACAGUUGUAGUUGGGAAGGAGAGUAAAUCUGCUGCUACAAAGGAGGAACCAGUAUCUCUUAAAGAGAAAACCAAACCACUUACACCAAGCAUAGGAGCUAAGGAGAAGGAGCAACAUGUGUCUUUAGUGACUUCUACGUUACCACCAUUACCUUUGCCUCCUAUGCUGCCUGAAGAUAAAGAUGCUGAUAGCUUAAGAGGAAAUAUUUCAGUAAAAGCCGUUAAAAAAGAAGUAGAGAAACUCCGAUGUCUGCUUGCUGAUUUACCACUGCCCCCUGAGUUACCAGGAGGAGAUGAUCUCUCAAAGAGCCCAGAAGAAAAGAAAACAGCAACACAGUUACAUAGUAAAAGGAGGCCUAAAAUAUGUGGGCCUCGCUAUGGUGAAAUCAAAGAAAAAGAUAUUGACUGGGGAAAACGCUGCGUGGAUAAAUUUGAUAUCAUCGGAAUUAUUGGAGAAGGUACUUAUGGACAAGUUUACAAGGCCAGGGAUAAAGACACUGGAGAAAUGGUAGCCUUAAAAAAAGUACGUUUGGAUAAUGAAAAGGAAGGCUUUCCAAUUACAGCAAUUCGAGAAAUUAAAAUUCUCCGGCAGCUUACACACCAGAGUAUUAUCAAUAUGAAGGAAAUAGUGACUGAUAAAGAAGAUGCUUUGGAUUUUAAGAAGGACAAAGGUGCAUUUUAUCUGGUGUUUGAAUAUAUGGACCAUGAUCUGAUGGGACUUCUGGAAUCAGGCUUGGUUCAUUUUAAUGAAAAUCACAUAAAGUCAUUCAUGAGACAGCUCAUGGAAGGUCUGGAUUAUUGUCAUAAGAAGAACUUUUUGCAUAGAGAUAUUAAGUGUUCAAAUAUCCUUCUAAAUAAUAGAGGGCAGAUAAAGCUUGCUGAUUUUGGACUUGCCCGUUUGUAUAGCUCCGAAGAAAGUCGACCAUAUACCAAUAAGGUUAUCACUUUAUGGUACCGUCCACCCGAACUGCUAUUGGGAGAAGAACGAUACACACCAGCUAUUGAUGUAUGGAGCUGUGGAUGUAUCCUUGGUGAACUCUUCACUAAAAAACCUAUAUUUCAAGCAAAUCAGGAACUUGCACAACUAGAAUUAAUAAGCCGUAUAUGUGGGAGUCCAUGUCCUGCAGUGUGGCCUGAUGUAAUCAAACUACCAUAUUUCAACACCAUGAAACCAAAGAAGCAGUAUCGUCGCAAGUUAAGAGAAGAAUUUGUUUUUAUUCCUGCAGCUGCUUUAGACUUAUUUGAUUACAUGCUGGCCUUGGAUCCUAGUAAGCGCUGCACCGCUGAGCAGGCUCUUCAGUGCGAGUUCCUACGAGAUGUUGAACCCUCAAAAAUGCCUCCACCGGACCUUCCUUUAUGGCAAGAUUGUCAUGAGUUAUGGAGUAAAAAGCGAAGAAGACAGAAGCAGAUGGGCAUGACUGAUGAUGUUUCCACAAUUAGCCCCAGAAAGGACUUGUCUUUGGGCUUAGAUGACAGCAGAACCAACACACCCCAGGGUGUGUUGCCAUCUACACAACUGAAAUCUCAGGGCAACUCAAAUGUAGCACCUGUAAUAACAGGCCCUGGACAGCAGUUAAACCACAGUGAAUUGGCAAUUCUACUAAACCUACUACAGUCUAAAACAAGUGUUAAUAUGGCUGAUUUUGUCCAAGUGUUGAACAUUAAGGUAAACUCUGAGACUCAACAGCAGCUAAAUAAAAUAAACCUUCCUGCUGGAAUUUUGGCAACAGGUGAAAAACAGACAGAUCCAUCAACACCACAACAGGAGCCUUCGAAACCAUUGGGAGGAAUUCAGCCUUCUCAGACCGUCCAGCCUAAAGUGGAGACUGAUGCUGCUCAAGCGGCUGUGCAGAGUGCAUUUGCAGUUCUGUUGACUCAGUUAAUAAAGGCUCAGCAGUCAAAGCAGAAAGAUGUGCUACUAGAAGAAAGGGAAAAUGGAUCAGGACAUGAAGCAUCAUUACAACUCAGGCCACCUCCAGAACCUAGCACACCGGUAUCGGGGCAAGAUGACCUCAUUCAGCACCAAGACAGGAGGAUUUUGGAGCUAACACCAGAACCAGACCGGCCUCGGAUUCUGCCUCCUGAUCAACGUCCUCCUGAGCCUCCUGAACCACCACCAGUCACUGAGGAGGAUCUGGAUUAUCGGACAGAAAGCCAGCAUGUACCUACCACUAGUUCUUCAUUAACUGAUCCUCAUGCUGGUGUGAAAGCAGCCCUGUUACAGCUGCUUGCUCAGCACCAGCCCCAGGAUGAUCCCAAAAGAGAAGGUGGUAUUGAUUAUCCAGCAGGAGACACUUAUGUGCCCACUUCAGACUACAAGGACAGCUUUGGAUCCUCUUCUUUCUCUUCUGCUCCUUAUGUUAGUAAUGAUGGUCUAGGAAGUAGUUCUGCUCCACCAUUGGAACGACGUAGCUUCAUUGGAAACUCAGAUAUUCAGUCUUUGGAUAACUACAGUACUGCUUCAUCUCAUUCUGGUGGUCCACCUCAGCCUUCUGCCUUUUCUGAGUCAUUUCCCAGUUCAGUAGCUGGAUAUGGAGACAUUUACCUCAAUGCUGGUCCCAUGUUGUUUAGUGGAGACAAGGACCAUAGAUUUGAAUAUAGCCAUGGUCCUAUUGCAGUCCUGGCAAACAGCAGUGACCCUUCCACAGGGUCAGAGAGUACUCAUCCGUUGCCAGCAAAGAUGCACAACUAUAACUAUGGUGGUAAUUUACAGGAAAAUCCAGGUGGCCCCAGCCUCAUGCAUGGACAGACCUGGACUUCUCCUGCCCAAGGGCCUGGAUAUUCACAAGGAUACAGGGGACACAUUAGCACAUCGGCUGGCAGAGGUCGAGGGAGAGGGUUACCGUUCUGAGUAUCUGUUUUUCCUCAGGCACAUCAUUUUUAUCUGGAAAGACUUUUCUAGCUGCAAUUUAAGGCAGCAAUCCAAGAGACUUGAAUAAUAUUAAUUCAACAACAGCUUUAUUUUUAUGUGGAAAAGGGUCUUGCAUACAAUAGUUUAAAAAAAAAGACAAAAAAAACUUUGCUUAAAUUCAUGCUGUUCUUAAAACUAGAUCUAUUGAUUGUACAUCUUCACAAAUUCUAGUUAACAAUUUUAUUUUGUAUUCUUGCAGUUUUAAGUGGAUGCUAAUCUUAGGGACAUAAGCCUUUUAUGACCCUCUUGCAGAUCUUCUGAACUAUGCACAUUUGUGCUUUUUUUGUAAGUUUGGACCAACUUUUAUGUAACAAACAACCCCUCCCUGCCCCCCUCCAGUUUUACAACAAUCAGAAAGGGCACUGAUUUAUUUGGUAUUUUUCUUUUUACAAAGCUACCUUUAGUCAAAGGUCACUGUCAGUCUUUGCACCUGCUUUCAGUGUUAUUGUGAAAGGUGUACUUUGUGCUCAUUUCAGAAAAUAAAACACAACCUUUCUCUUGAUGCAACAGUUUUAUAAAAAAAAAAAAAAUGGUCAACGUUAUUUUUGUUUGUUUUGCAGAUUAUCAUAGUCUAGCAAAA